AUGUCGAUCCUGUGGGAGAAGAGCACGGGGUGGCGAUGGCUGGUUCGGCGGACGCGUGACUCGAAGCCCUUCUUCUUCACCUUCGCGGCGCUGUGCGGCGUCGUCCCCGGCGUUAUCGGCUACGGCGUGAUGCAGCUAACCAGCUCCCGCAACGAGCAGCUCGAGGCCCACCUUCGCUCCACGGCCCGACCCGAGACCACGAUGAUGGGGCAAGUAAACAGGGAGAGACUGGCGGAGUUUCUUGGCGAGCUACAACGGAAAGAGGACACGAACGACAGAUACGUCGCCGCACUGAAGGGGGAAACCCUGACCAGGAAGCGCUACGAACGCAUUCAGCCUGUGCCUGCCAACGUGCAAGCGAGCCAGGAGACGACUGCCAAGGCCAGUGCGGAGGAGAAACCCAAGGCAAAGUGA